AUGCAAUCGGAAAACAAGCAAUCCAGCGGAGCAUGCUCCGGCGGUGGUGGACUAGGUGAGUACAUGUGCUAUCUAUUGCGACAGCAACAUGGCGUCCAUUGGCCAGACAUCAUCAGAAUUGCGCCUAUGGCGUCGAUUGCGAGCAUUGGCAUUUUGCCGAUCACAUCGAUUGUGGUGCAUUAUAAGGGCCUUAUAGAAGCCUUACAAGAAAAAUCUGGUUUUGCUGAUGUCCCGAUGUCGGAGGAUAGCGCCGUCCUCGACAGCCUCCUGCGCUUGUGUUAUCCUACCCGCGAUCCCGAGUUCGAGUCCCUCGAGAAGUUGCGCCCGGUUAUGGAGGCCGCAAUGAAGUUCUUGAUGGAGGAGCCGUUGCGACGUCUUAAGGAACGUUUGCUCAUAUUUGCAGUGGAAUCGCCAAUCAGGGUGUACGCCAUCGCGAUCAAAUGCGGAUGGGAGGAGGAAGCCCGCAAAGCAGCAAGAUGCUGCCUCAACUACUCCAUUGAUUGGAACGAGAGUGACAUACCAGAGCUGCACGAGAUAAACGGAGUGGCAUACCAUCGCAUUCUCGACUACCAUCGACAGUGCAGUGCUGCAGCGAAGGAUCUCUGUAGUGACUCUUACCAAUGGAUAGACACACAGGAGCAAUGGGCGUUCCUCGAAUGUGGGAUAUGCAUAGCCACGCAGGGGCAGCAAAUUUUCAAGGACAAUGUCAGGCGCACUCCACGAGGAUGGUGGACAAUAUACAUGGGGAUGUUUGGAGUCUGGUUGGGAUCUGGGCCGAGCGGAGCGACAUUUAUCAAAGCGAGCCAAACUUGGCCGAUAGACGACAAGCCGGAGAUAGAAGCUAUGACAUGUAAAACUUGCAAGGGAAAAAUACAUCGCCAAAUGGCAGCGUUCAGCAAGAAACUUGCCGCUGAAGUGGAUAGAGUCACUGCGCAGGUGUGUCUGCACGGCGAAUAUUAUUAUCAGAGUACUGUAGACACUAACUGA